CUUUAGUGUAUCUUAUCAAAUUUCCCGUGGAGAAGACAGAAAGAAAGAGAGAGAAGUUAUUGAAAACCCGAAUCGAAAAUGCUUACUAUUCUCUUCGCUCUGUUCUUCCUCGCUUUUACAAUCACACUUCUUUUCAAGUUCAUCACUGCUGAUGGGGAUUUCACUUUAAUAUCAAAAAGGCACCCAAAACGCGAAGAAAUUGAAGAUAAGGUUGUUUGGAUCACUGGGGCAAGUCGCGGCAUUGGGGAAGUUCUUGCAAAACAACUUGCAAGCUUAGGUGCCAAGCUUAUAUUAUCAGCUAGGAGUGAAUCUGAACUUGAGCGUGUUAAGAAGCAGCUAAUUGGUAAAUAUGCUCCUAAUGAGGUGGUAAUUUUACCAUUGGAUUUGGCAUCUGGGGAGGAUUCUUUGAGGGAAGUUGUAGAUAAAGCUGAAUCAUUUUUUGGAGGUGCUGGUGUUGACUACAUGUUCCAUAAUGCUGCAUAUGAGCGCCCAAAAUCGUCAGCAAUUGAUGUUCCUGAGCAGAGCCUAAAGGCUACAUUUGAAGUAAACUUGUUUGGAGCAAUAUCUCUUACGCGACUGCUAGUCCCUUGCAUGCUGAAGCGUGGAAGAGGACAUUUUGUUGUGAUGAGCAGUGCUGCUGGAAAGACACCUGCUCCAGGCCAGGCUGUUUAUUCUGCUUCAAAAUUUGCCAUGAAUGGAUAUUUCCAUUCUCUGCGAUCAGAGCUCUCUGUGAAAGGAAUCAAUGUUACUGUUGUGUGUCCUGGGCCUAUUGAAACAGCAAAUGUUGACAAGGAAAGCCUUUCUGCACAAAAGGUCAACUCAGAGAGGAGGGUUUCAGCAGAGAGAUGUGCAGAGUUGACAAUUACUGCUGCAACUCACAAUCUUAAGGAAGCUUGGAUAUCAUAUCAGCCUGUGCUUGCUGUUAUGUACUUGGUUCAAUACAUGCCAACAAUUGGAUAUUGGCUUAUGGAUAAGGUUGGUGCAAAACGGGUGGAAGUUGCAAAGAAAAAGGGGGGCACAUACUCACUAAGCUUACUCUUUGGGAAUAAGAAGGAAUCAUAAGACAAUCAAAAGUAAACUUCCAAAUAUGUUUUAUCUAGGUGAACAUUUAAACCGAUCCGAACCAUCCAAAUGUUAUACCGACUUAAUCUGAUCCGCCAGUUGUAGGGUAAUCCUAUAUACAGACUUUAUUUUAUGUUUCUAUUAAUAAAAAAAUUGUUUGAAAUUAUUAUUAUUAUAUUGAUAUCUUUUUACUUGA